UACUAACGAAUGAUUUAUUUGUUGUUCCAGAAGUUGCUGUCCUAUGACAUUUCUAUACUCUUGUCACUAAUAUUUUGAUGCAUCGAUCGAAACCCCAAUGGGGAGCGACCCAGAAAAGAUCGACAUUAGAGGAGGACAUGUAAGUGGCAACGGGGUGCAAAUUGUUGCCUAUGUACGAGGCGAUUUACAGGUACCGAACAUUUUCACCCUGAAAGACGCCGAGGACGAAGAGGCCGUCGCGUGUCGCAACGCACUGUAUCUCACUGAUCCCGACGUCGACCGCGAGAGCGUGAUUAGCGCGAAAGGUACGAGAGUCGCGGGUACGUGUGAGUGGAUCACGCAGAACGAGACCUACCGCGCCUGGCUCAAGAGCGAUAGCGGCAGAGAUAAUGAUGGAGAUGACAACGGCGAUACUCGCCUGCUAUGGAUCUCUGGCGGGCCCGGCAAGGGCAAGACUAUGAUAUCUGUCUUUCUGACAGAGCAGCUAAAGGAACACACAGCGCGCAUGGACAAUGCAGACCUGGUAUUCUUCUUCUGCAGCGCCGAGGACAAGAGACGCAACACAGCAAUAGCAGUACUGCGCGGGCUAGUGCACCAGAUUAUUAUUAAGCGUCCACUAUUAGUCAAGUACGCGCUGCCGUACUUUAAACCACCAGAGAGGAUACAGCAGACGCUAUCGUCGUUGGAGACGCUCUGGAUUAUCUUCAGCAAUAUCAUCACCGACGUUGAGCUUGGGACUGUAUUCUGCGUGCUUGAUGGACUCGACGAGUGCGAGGACAGCACGCUGAGAGGACUGUUGCCUAGACUCGUAGGCCUACUUGCAAAUCCAACGCCAUCGUCGACGAAUAGUGCGUUCAAGCUAGUGAUCCUUAGCCGAGACCUGCCUGGCCUGCGAGGCUGCACGACGAGGGUGAGGAUAGAUCCUGAUAACAAUAAGAGAGUGGUUAGCGAUAUUGAGCUGUUCGUGUCCGCCCGAGUAGAGGAGCUGUCUAGCAUCGAGGGCUUCGAGGACAAUUUUCGCAAAUCUGUACACGACGCCCUUCUCCAACGCACCGAAGGAACAUUUCUAUGGGUAGGCUUCGCAAUGUACGAGCUGUCGCAGAAGCAGACAUGCAUUGAGAUUUGGGAGACGCUUGAGGAUCUGCCAAGCGGCCUUCCGGCGAUAUACAGUCGUAUGCUGCUGCGAAUCCCAGCAAAGCAGAGGACACUAAGCCGGGCAAUCCUGCAGUGGGUGACUGUGGCUGCUCGCCCUCUGCGGCUGGACGAGCUAGCGGCGGCAGUAGGCAUCCAGGCUACUCCCCAAAUGACUGUGGAACAAGUAGCACGCGACGCUGUUGCUCUGUGUGGACCUCUACUAAGGACAUGGGGUCAGACUAUCAGCCUCGUCCACCAGUCAGCGCGAGACUACCUACUGCGCAUAGAGUGCGAUAGUGAUGCAGUACUUGAGAUGUUUCGAUUCAACUUAGAAAGUGCGCACCUAGAGCUAGCAAAAAAGUGUCUUGACUGUAUUUCGCAAAGCGACUUACGAGACAGAAUUCCCAAUCUAGGCGCUAUGCUAGAUUCUCAAGUGUCUCCGCUGUUGCGAUAUGCAACGCUCUAUUGGCCUAAGCACGCGAAGAGCUGUUAUGCACUAGCAGCAAAGCUCUUGAAUUUCUCUGAAUUUUUCCUUCAAAGAGUAUCUCCUUUGCGCGAUCAUUGGUGGAGGACUUAUUCUAGGAGGAUAAGAGGAUAUGAAGAUGAGGUACCACCAUUAUUGCACAUAGCAUGCGCUUUGGAAAUUGCACCAUGGGUAGAAGCGGUGCUGGCUAAAUUCAGGUGGACACCUAUGCACUGCUGGUGGGUGAACCGGAAGGACAGUUAUGGGAAGACGGCAUUACACUGUGCAGCUUCUGAAGGAAAAGAGGCAAUGGUGCGGCUGCUGGUGGACAGAGGAGCGGACCUCAAGGCGAAGGACAACUAUGGGAAUCCGAUGCUACACUCGGUAGCUCGGGCAAAGAACAAGUCGAUGAUGCAGCUACUAAUAGAUAAAGGAGCGGACCUCGAGGCGAGGGACAAGUAUGGGAUGACGGUGCUGCACUGGGUAGCUCAGGCAGGGAACGAGGCGAUGGUGCAGUUAUUGAUAGAUAAUGGGGCGAAUGUUAACGCGACAGACAAGUAUGGGACAACAGUACUGAAAUGGGUAGUCAAGGGAAGUCACGGGAGGGUAGAGCAGCUGCUAUUAGAUGCAGGAGCGGAGCCCAGGGCGUAGGAUAGGCAAGGGAGAAUAGCACUUUAGCCAAUACUUUCUAGAGAAAAAACUAAAAUAUAGUGUGAUGAAGCUACCUACC